AUGGUUCUUGCUGAAAACGUCGGGCGCGGUCGUUCUGGUUCACGAACCCGCCGCGAGGGUCCUUUCGGUAAUCUGAAUAGAAGAACUGCGAAUGUCGAUCCACGACGCCUAGCCAACGAGCGGGAAGCUGUCGACCGCAGGCCCUCAAGGGGCGCGCCGCGCAAAGACGAGCCAAGAGACGACCGCAAGGCGAUGAAGAUGCAGCGUAUAUUGGCAGGCGUCCCACACACAAAGCGCCAGGUCAUCAAGGACAAGAUGGCGGGGUAUGAGGACUUUGACCAGUUUGAUCUCUUGCCGGUAGUGAAGGAAGCGUUGAUGGGGGAGGUAUUCAAGGGCAUGACGGAUCUGAAGCCGACGCCUGUACAGCGACUCGCGCUGCCGGCACUCCUGGGACAGGACAACAAGACAAAGUCGGCAUGCGGCAGCGAGACGGGCCCUGAUUCCUAUCUGCUUGCCGCCGAGACGGGAUCGGGCAAGACGCUGGCGUACCUGCUCCCGGCGAUCAACGCGAUGAAGAAGACGGAGGCCAAGGACGAGGACGUCAAGGCCUGGGAGGAGCGACGCAGGACGGAAAUGGAGCUCCAGGCGUCUGGUCAGGUCAAGCGCAAGGCGAGGCCCUUUGACGAGCCACACCCUACCAUGGCGAGGCCCAAGGUGAUUGUGCUGGUACCGACGUCCGAGCUGGCGCAGCAGGUUCUCCGGGUGUCCAAGUCCUUGUCGCACGUCAUCAAGUACAAGGCGGAGAUGAUUUCCUCGGACCUCAAGCCCCAGCAGAUCCAGCGCAACGUGUACGGGGCCAAGGGCGUGGACAUGAUCAUCGCAACACCCCACCUCCUCGCCUCCAUCGCCGACUCGGACCCCAACGUCCUGUCCAGGGUGAACCACCUGAUCAUCGACGAGGCCGACUCUCUCCUCGACCGAAGCUUCUCCCCGGUCACGACCAGCAUCAUCGAGCGCGCCGGCCCCUCGCUGCAGCAGCUGAUCUGCGUGUCGGCCACGAUCCCGCGCAAGCUCAACAACUACCUGGCGACCAACUAUCCCAAGAUGCACCGCAUCACGACGCCCAACCUGCACGCCAUCCCCCGCCGCGUGCAGCUAGGUGUCAUGGACGUCAGCAAGGCGCCGUACCACAACAACAAGGACGUUGCCUGCGCCGAGGCGCUCUUCACCAUUGGCCGCGAGGCGGCGCAGCACGAGGGUCUCAACAAGAACGAGAUUGACGUCCGCCGCGUCAUUGUCUUUGUCAACGAGCGGGAGAAGACGGAGGAGGUGGCCAAGUACCUGCGGAGCAAGAACAUUCAGGCCGAGGCUCUGCACAGGGACACGCCGGAGACGCGGCACGGCGAGAUCCUGGAGACGUUUACGAGCAACGAGGCCCUCACCAUCCCGGCGCCGACCAAGCCGAGCGCCAUGAAGCUGCCCAACGUCAAGGCGCUGGUGGUGACGGACCUGGCGUCGCGGGGUAUCGACACGCUCGCCGUCCGGCAUGUGAUCUUGUACGAUGUGCCGCACACGUCGAUUGACUUUAUCCACCGCCUGGGAAGGGCGGGGAGGAUGGGCAGGCGAGGAAGGGGUAUUGUCCUGGCGGGCAACGAUGACCGCAAGGACGUGAUUGCUGAGGUCAAGAGGAGUAUGUUCAUGGGACAGGCUCUGAUCUGA